AUGCGCAUUCUCGUCGGUCUCAUCGUCGCUGUCGCCGUUAACGCCAUCCUCAACUCUAAACCGUCUGGUAACUAUUGCAAUUCUUCGGAGAUCUUCCCAAAGGGUCAAAUUGAUAUCUGGAUCAGCAUGCCAGACAGUCACGAGUUCAACAUUGAAGCCACGUGGAUUCCCUUUACUAGUGGUCGUGUGCGCAGAGGCAUCGAGCAUGGCGUGCCCUACUCGUACGAUGACUCGACAAAAUAUGUGACCGUCACGGAUACGAGCAAGCUGCAGGAUCUGAUCACCAAAAUAGAUGCUCCCCUGAAGGCCUCUGAUCUCGCUCGUCUACGUUAUGAUGGCACGAGAUUGUUUGUCGUUGCUCUCAAGAACUUCCCCCUGGGUCGAUGUUCGCCCAGGUCAGUGACCCAGUUCUCGCUGAGAUCUGUGAGAAUCUCAUAGCAAGACUCAGGCAGGCAUCAGUGCAAGGUCUUCCGAGCACUGCUCCUUGUAGAACUCUCGUUAUUAUCACUAUUUCAAGUUCGAUUUUUUUCCAGCGAUCUCUCUUUCGCUACGUUUUUUCUCCGAUGAGUUCAGGAAUCCUGAAUCAGGAUGAGCGGUUGAUAAUUUCGCAUUACCUGGUCUACUAGAUUGAGUACGGUAAUGAGAUCCUCAACUCAAGCUUGUCCAUGGAGUAUCGAGUCCAGAUAUCGAUACAGCGACUAUUUG